AUGGCUGAAAUGGUACGAGUAGGGAGUGGAAUUCGCCACUUUGAAGAUCCGAACGCCCGUAGACCUACUGCGUACGUGGCAAACGGGGAUAUACCCCGCGAUACUAUAGACGAGCUUAACAAGAUGGCAGGAGGGGCCGCUGUCCUAACAUGCCGUGAUGUCAGUAAAUUUCUCAACGACGCUCUUAAUCGUUAUUAUGCGACAAGAUUUUGGCCAGUAACAGAAGAGAAGACUUGCAACGGAAGGGAUUCAUCUGGGAAGAACGGAGGCGGAAAAGCUGUAAGCGUGUCGGAAAGAUCAGACCACAGCAGGCCUAACGAGAGCCGUGUGCUAGAGAAGGACCAGCAAGCAAGAAGCAGCUCUCUUCCUGAAAAGAGCGUUAAUGGUUGUGCUUCUAAUGGUGGACCUGUGAAUUGCUUAACAACUACUGUGGAGAAGACGGACCCAACUGUUUUGAGCCAAUACUUCUCUAUCAAAGGAGAAAUGCUUCUGCAACUGUUUAAUUUCUGUCCUCGAUGUGGGCAUAGGCUCUCUGGAGCUCGUUUGAAGGCGGUUGGAAAGGCUGCUGUCGUGAAAUUCAUUUGCCACCAGUGCAGUAUGUCUAAAAUGAAGCUGUGGGAGGGACAGGAAGUUUCCCUUCUUCGUGGGAGUGAGCGGUCGUACAAAGGGAAUGUGGAGGCAGCUGUGUCAGCAAUCAACACCGGUCUACGAUAUGAGAAGUUAGGACGAUGGGCGAAACAGCUUAAUCUUUCAAUGUUCUCGAGAAAACAAUUUUCUCGCAGCAAAGCUUUGUACUGA